AUGAAAGCAAAUAAAUUCUAAGGAUUACAUCCAUCUAUUUUUAUCUCUGGCAANGUAAAAGAAGGUUCAAUUAGGAUAGAUGGAAAUAUAAGUGUGGAAGAAUUAUUAAUUACAGAAGAACCAAAACCUAUCAAAAUUGAUGUUUAAUAACCAUUACCAAAAUUGUUAUUAAAAUAAAAAGAUCUCUCAUAAUUAUUGACACUUACUAAUGAAAUAUUGAAAUAAGGCAAACCUAAAUUACCAAAAGUUAUGAGUUCAUAACAUUCUCUACCAUAACUACCUAAAAAUCCUAGAGAUAGAACAAUAAGUUAAUUAUAAAAAUAUAAAUGA